AUUGGCAGAAAGCCGAAACUGAAGUAAGGAUUUUCAGUAAUUCAAUUAAAUGUUUAUUUUAAGUUGUUUGGAUUAAUUCAUAUUUAUUUGCUAUGUGCGGGAGUAAAAACUGAUGUGUGAUUAAAAAACGUGUCCUAGUUUAAUGUUCGAUGUUUAGACAGUGUGAAUAGAUCUCAAACAUGACACUUAUAGGCGUUUUCACUGGUGACUAACAUUAACAAAUUUUGGUACUGUUCACUAAAAUUUUGAGUUACAGCAAAACUGUAUGCUGUGUAUAGUGUAAUUUAUUUAUUUUAGGACCAAUGUUUCAGAGGUGAGAUAUUCCACAUCAACAUAGUAUUUAAAGAGAAUGACAGCAGUCAUGGCUAAUGGAAAUUGGGAUCCAUCUUUAUCACACCUACUGGGGGCCUUGGAGGAGUCACGCCAGAACUUGCCUAGUUCCGAAGAGGAGUUUGGAUUCCUCAGUGAUCUGCUGCAGUCCAAGGAACUUCACGCACUUGUCAAGGUCCACAACAAAAUCCUCGACAAUGGCAAGGAUGAAAAGUUCCAUCCUAUUCUUUCCAGUUCCAUGCAGAUAGCACUGGAAGUUCUGGAUGUAAUUCUGCCCAGAAUCAACAUUAGUGAAGAUUGUAAAGAACUGUUUCUUCUGUUACAAAAACCUCACUUACAGGGUCUGCUAUGUGCUCAUGACGCAGUUGCACAAAAGGAUUACUUCCCUCGCCUGCCUGAAAUACCACUUGAAGUUGACGAAGAUGAAGAGACUAUCAAAAUAGUACAACUAGUUAAAAGCAAUGAGCCUCUGACAGGAGCACAAAGUGCUGAACCUAUUGUUGGCGCUACCAUCAAAACAGAUGAAGAGACUGGUAAGAUUGUGAUAGCACGUGUGAUGCACGGUGGUGCGGCUGACCGCUCGGGUCUCAUACAUGUUGGUGACGAGGUUUGUGAGGUCAACAACAUCAAUGUGGAAGGCAAGACACCUAAUGAUGUCCUCAAGAUUCUGCAAGCAUCGGAAGGUACAAUCACAUUCAAGCUGGUUCCAGCGGAGGGGCGGGGGGGAGUAAGGGAGAGCAAAGUUCGAGUGCGGGCUCACUUCGAUUACUUUGCCUUCAGCGACCCCUACAUCCCCUGCAAGGAAGCCGGCCUGGAUUUCAGGAAAGGAGACAUCCUACAUAUUGUUAGUCAAGACGACGCUUAUUGGUGGCAAGCACGGAGAGAGGGUGACAGAGACAUGAGGGCAGGUCUGAUACCCAGCAGGGCACUGCAGGAGCGGCGUAUCCUGCACGAGCGAGCCCACGACAAGAGCUCCAAGGAAGACGUGGAGUUGAGUGGAGGGGUGGGGGGUUGUGUGAGUGUGUGCUACCCCGGUAUACCUCCCCCCACCGUGUGCUCUGUGUCCCCACCCCACCUGCCCCCGUGCCAGAGCCGCACUAAAAAGAUUCUAUAUUCGGCAGCGGAGAGAGAGGACUUUGACCGAGAGGAGGUGCCUACAUACGAGGAGGUGGCAAAGCUCUACCCCCGGCCUGGGCUCGCGCGUCCCAUUGUGCUGAUCGGGGCGCCGGGUGUUGGCCGCAACGAGCUGCGCCGUCGCCUCAUUGCUACUGAUACAGAGAAGUUCCGCACCCCUAUACCUUAUACAUCUCGCCCACCGAGAGCUGGAGAAGUAAACGGCAAGGAAUACUAUUUUGUCACUCGUGACAAGCUGGAGGAUGAUAUCAAUGCUGGAAAACUACUGGAGUAUGGGGAGUACAAGGGCAACUUGUAUGGUACGUCUUCCGAGAGUGUUCAAUCCAUCGUCAACGCUGGCUACGUCUGCCUGCUUAACCCCCAUUACCAGGCGCUGAGAAUGUUGCGAACACCUCAACUAAAACCCUUUAUUAUUUUUAUAAAACCACCUGCAUUUGAGUUUCUUAAAGAGACACGUAACUCGGCUCAUGCGAGAUCCACUUUUGAUGAAAACAAUUCCCGUGGUUUUACGGACGAAGAGUUUGGUGAGAUAAUACACAGCAGUGAACGUAUCGAGUUCAUGUAUGGACACUUGUUUGACGAGACAAUCAUCAAUGCAGACCUGUCAACAGCGUUUGAGUGGCUAGUAGUAGCAGUCAGAAGAGUGGAGAGUGAGCCUCUGUGGGUGCCUGCGUCAUGGGUCCAGUGAUCCAGAGCGUCAAGUUGUGUCGACCAGCCGAGAGUUCCCCACUGCCAUCUCAUCACAUCUUCUCAUUUGUUGUUAGCUCUUUGUUUAAUCUACAUUUUCAUGUUUGUUAACGUUGCGUUGUUAAUUGUUCAUAGAACCUACCAAAGAGUAGAUUACGUUGAGUUGUUUGUUUAUAGCCUUCUAUCAGUGGAUUGUGUGAACUAACGUUGCGUGUGUAUUGCCUCGAGACACAAUCGGACCCUUAGACCCUGUGAUAUAGCGUCUCUUCAGUAGCGUAGAGACUGUCAAUAUUUCUGUGAUGCUCUCAGAACAGCUCGUUCUUACAAAUGUUUUCUUUUACGUCAAAUCCGCUUCAUCCUAAAUAUUCUAGUGGUAGGCUUGAAAAGUUACAGUUUUUAUAAAAAUCGUUGCAAAUUGUCAACCAUCUUUAGACUAAACUGAUCAUUCAGUAUUCCUAGUGCUUUCCUACAGCAGUUUCUGCCACCACUGCAGUCUUGGACAGUGUUGAUUUUCAAAUGCUUGAAACUGACUAAAAUGUCGCUAAAUUUAUCUCCUGUAGCAUUAAUAAACUAUAUAUUUUUAUAUAGAUCAUUAAUAGAAUUAAAAUUUUAUUUACUAACACAAAUUGAAACAUACAUAGAUUUAUGAGUUUAUGUACAUUUUAGAUCACAGUGUACUGAAGUAGAUCAAAAGUAAUAUAGUAGUAAGAAAUUUCUAAAUACAAAUUCAAAAUUAUUGCUUUAUGUGAAGUUUGGAUGAGAUUUUAUUAUAUUUUGUUAAGUAAUUUCAUCAAUUUUUACAUGUUAUAUGUAUACUUGAAUUUGCCAAAUAUAUAAUAAAUGGUUAGGCAGCAGAUAAUAAUAUACAAAUAAAUAUUUAAUAAAAACAGAUCUAAAUUUUGUUGUCAGUAUAGGAAUAGUGUGUGCUUGGGUCCGAGAAAGUGAAAUAACCAUUUCCCUCUCAUUUAGUAAUGGUUUUAUCUAAAAAAUAAACAUGUUGUGCUCUCUAUUUCGCUUUAUUUUUAUUAUUAUAAUUAUUUUAAGUUUUACUUUAUAUUUAUUUAUUUAUUUUAAUGUAGUAUCUUUACCAAUGAUUGUAUGUACAAAUAAUCUGAUGCUCAUUUUUUUAGUUUAGUUUAUGCUGACAAUGUGCAAAUAUUUUUAUUGGAUCCCAGUAUUAUUGUAGCUUUCAAUCAAAUUAAGAGCUACUAGUCUUCCAAGUGCAUUGCCAUCACCUGUUUUAUUAACUAAGAGUUAUUUAAGUAUUUUAACCUUAUUGUUCAGUUCAAAAAUACUCUUGAGUCUAGUCUUAUUAUUUUUGUAUUUAAGUUGAAUUCUGAUGCUCUUUAUAGUUUUAAGCUGUUUUUGUUGUAUUUAAGGGAGAAAUUAUGAGAAAUUGUGCUACUUAAUAUAUAUUUUUCAGAUUAGAUAAUAUUUUGUGUGCAUUGUUUAACAGUAAAUGUUAUUUUAAUUUCUGUUGAGA